UCUAACUUGUCAUUUAUCUCAAAUGUAUGCACAGCUCACAUUUAUUUCAGUAUUUAAUAUUAGCAUUUUUGUUUUCAUUUCGAGGUUUGGUGAUGUUUUUGCAACCUGAAAUAUGCCGUAGCAACUCAACUUUUGUUUGUGUCAAUUAGGCAAUGGGGAAAUUUGUUUUGUGGUACAUCAUUUUGCUUAAAAUUGAAGUUUCUAAGGACCUAUAGAUGGCAUUAAGUGAAGAACUCGUUGCAUUUCUGCUUAUUUAUUUGCUUUUUACUGUGAAGAAAUAGUUGAACUUCUGUGAAGGGUGCAUUUGCUCUUAGUCCACUGUGUCCUGCUCUAGGCUGUCCAAGCCCAGGGGUUGGUUUCUGCUCCUGUGAUAAGAAGGCACUCUGAGAAUUCUCACAGGGCCCCUAGCCUGACCUUUGGAUUAGGUUCUCAUGCUGCUGCUCUGGUUCCUGGUUUCUGCAAUGCUAGGUUCCCCGGCUUGCCUGACGUUGCCACCUUGUGCAUCUGGUUAAUGUGGUUCUCUAAAUCCCAUUCAUCUGACACUUCCAGACCAGUCAUUUUUAUUGGGUCUCAUUGCUUCAGCAGUUAUGGCAUUCUCCUGACUAAAUAGGGUUCCUUCUUACCUAGGGAAAAAUAGUAGCUUUAUUUUAACUAGAGCUGUUUUCACAAGUGUGUGAAGAGCUGGAAAAUUGCAAUUAGCUUCAGAUAAGCACAGUUGAAAUAUUCUUGUUUUGUACUAAGGCAACAAAUUGAAAAACGAUUGAGGGCAUUGAGUCAUUGUAGUUUCUAACGAUACAAUGAAUACAUUAUUGGGUUUGUGUUUCGUACUGGGACCUUGUUACUUACAAAAUCUAAAAUAAAAGGAUCUUGAUGUGUCUUUAGUAAUCCUCAUGCCUCUUAAUAAGAACUUUUAAGUUUUGGCACCUGAGUCGUCACAUUUUGGUAUUGCUAGCCCUCCUGUGGCCAAACUGAAUACUUUCCUAAUUAAUUUUAAUAAUAGAAAGACUCAUUAGGAAUGCACUGAUCUGCUGGGACCACUGUGGUGACGUAUGAAGUCACGAAAGGAGGAGGAAAUCAUUUUGGGCAUUUCAGUGCCAUCUUUUUUUUAAAAUGGAUAUUUCAGGCCAGCAAGCAUUAUUUGUGGUCAGCAUUUGGGAAGCUGAGUGUUAUAUUUUCAACUGCUAUAUUUCAUUUGUUUGAUUUGUGAUAGUGGGUUGUCACACUCUGGCAUUAGUGGUCAUUUUUAAUGGCUAUUUUCUAAUGGCAUAUGAAAUUGAAAGAGACUGAAGUGUUGGAAGGAAGGAAAGUUCGGGUUUUUUUAAUUAUUAAAGUAUCCCAAAUAAAAAUGGACUUGUAAAGAAUGUCUCAAGAAAUGUGUUUAAAAAAAAAAGUCAGUCAAAAUUGGACAGAUGAGCUUUUGCUCAUGAACAUCUGUAAAACAUUGAGUUUAAUUGCCCUGCAGCUGCUGUUGGCUGUGAGGUUUCUAGUUUUUCUCUUCCGUUUCUCCUCCAUCUUCACAUGUCACUUCAUUUCCUCUUUCCUACUGUUGCCUGGGUCACAUGCAUUUGCUUGUGUAGAAAAAGUAGGAUGAUUUAGUUAUUUUUAAGCUCCUAAAGACAAGCAUGCUUAUCUGUUAAAGGCUUUUCCUCCAAGCACCUGUUAAGAGUUGAAUUUAAUCUACGCCAGCUGUAGCCUAGUUAUGUGUAGCUGGAGUAGGAGGUGUCUGAUACAUUGUCUUCUCUGUUUUCAUUGAGAUGGAUUUGGUAAAACUAGGUGGCAUAAGUUAGUUGGGAAAAUUUAGAUGUAUCUUAGAUUAGAUGAAGACCUUGCAAAAUAGGGCUUUAAAAUAGAACGAUUCAAAUAUGUUUGCUUAUACUUUUAUCUGAAUUACAAAUUGGUAGACAGUAAUUUAUUUCUACAGAAUUGCCCAAAAUUAUAUUGCACAUUGAGACCACUGACUUUUGACACUGGCCACUUUGUCCAUUUGGAUUUUCUUGCCGAGUUACACUUUUGGACAUAAUUCUGCAGAAUGGAAGUCUUUAAAGAAAAAUGAAGGUGCUGAAAAUGUUUUAUUCUUGUUGACAUAUGAAUAUGAUUCAAAUCGAGUUUUAUGGAAAGAUCACUUCAUAGAAAUUCUUUUAUUUUACCUACUCAAUACCAGCUUAUAUUAGUCCAUUCUUGCAUUGUUGUAACACCUGAGACUGUGUGAUUUGUAAAGAAAAGAGAUUUAGCUGGGUUGCAACACGGCGGCUACCAGUGGAACUGAUGAACCGGUGAGACGCUGCUCUCGGAUCGGGUUUCCCAGGAGUUGGUGUCUGUGGCACAUGCGCUUUCCCACCCAGCAGAGUCCUAUGGCAACGAUCCUGACAUUGAGAUGGCUUGGGCCAUGAGGGCAAUGCAGCAUGCUGCAGUCUAUUACAAGCUGAUUUCAUCAGUUGACCCACAAUUCCUGAAACUCACCAAAGUAGAUGACCAAAUUUACUCUGAGUUCCAGAAAAAUUUUGAGAAGCUUAAGAUAGAUGUAUUGGACCCAGAGGAACUCAAGUCAGAAUCAGCCAAAGAGAAGUGGAGGCCAUUCUGCUUGAAGUUUAAUGGGAUUGUUGAAGACUUCAACUAUGGUACUCUGCUGCGACUAGAUUGUUCUCAGGGCUACUACACUGAAGAAAACACCAUCUUUGGCCCCAGGAUACAAUUCUUUGCUAUUGAAAUUGCUCGGAACCAGGGAGGCUAUAACAAAACUGUUUAUAUCAGUGUUCAGGACAAAGAAGGAGAGAAAGAAGUCAACAAUGGAGGAGAAAAAAGAGCUGACAGUGGAGAAGAAGAUAACACCAAGAAGAGAGGAGAGAAAGGAGCUGAUAAUGGAGAAGAAGAGAACACCAAGAACAGAGGAGAGAAAGAAGCUGAUAGUGGAGAAGAAAAAGAGGAAGGAAUCAACAGAGAAGAGAAAACUGACAAAGGAGGAGAUAAGGGGAAGAAGCUGACAAAGACAUCAACAAAAGUGGUAAGAAAGCUAUGUAAGGUAUACAGGGAACAGCACUCUAGAAGCUAUGUGUCAACUGAGCCUACACGUACCACAGUGCUACUUGCACAGACCUCUUUGGUUAAAUGUAAAUUCUUAUCCAAUUUAAGAACACUCAAGAGGACAUCCUUCUAGCCUAAUAGGAUCUGCUCUUGUGGUUCCCUUGUGUGAACUGUCCUAAAGACUAAUAGUGAGUGUUAGUUGAUUUUUUUCUGGUAUACUGUUUUUUGGCUGUCACCACUGGUCAAGUAAGAAAUUUUGUAAAUAAAUGUCUUUUGGUUCUUUUUUUUUUUUUUUUUUUUUUUUUAAAAAGAGAUUUAAUUGGCUCAUGGUUCUGCAGGUUGUAUGGGAAGCAUAGCAGCUUCCACUUCUGGGAAGGCCUCAGGAAAUGUACAAUCAUGGCAGAAGGCGGCAGGCAAGCAGGCCCAUCUUACAUGGCCGGGGGAAGGAGCAAGACAGAGAAGGGGAAGGUGCCACACACUUUUAAACAACCAGAUCUCACGAGAACUCACUAUCAUGAGAAUAGCACCACAGGAGAAAUCCACCCCUCUGACCCGGUCACCUCCCACCAGGCUACACCUCCAAUAUUGAGGAGUACAAAUCGACAUGAGAUUCGGUCGGGGACACAGAUCCAAACCGUAUCACAGGUCAAAUUCAAGCUCCUAUUUUUUUGUCCUCCUUCUCCACUUAUUUUAAAUUGGAAAUUAAAAAACAGAAUAUAAGAUGUUUUAGUCUUCAUGAAAUACUUUUACCAAAUCAUACACCAUACCUUAAACCUAACUAAACCUCUUUUUUGAUCAAUUUUCAAGGUAAAACCCAGUUAAAUGCUGAAUUUUGAUGACCAGCAGGAGACUGACUAAGAUUUUUCACUGUUCACUUAAUAUUUUUUAAGAUUUGUAAUGUAUGAAGCUUUUGACAUGUGAUGUGAAAGACAAAAAGGAGACAUCUCUUAAUUCUAUUCUUAAUGAGUGGAAAUAUUUUCUAACCUGGGAGUUAGCUGCAAACUAUCCUGGAUCUGGACCUUGAGGCCUAUGAGGGAAGGUUGCUAAAGCCAGGGCCAGUGGUCUGAAUCACAGUGUUCCAGGGGUUGGAGGAACUCAAAUGUCACCUAGCCAAGUACAGACAACCUAGAGGUCUAACGUGGUGAGAGGGAAUUGCAGUAGAAAUUGAAUUUGGUGAAUAGCGGUGUUGGGAUGCCCAGUUUUAGUUUGAAUUAGAAUCGUAAUAGUAGCCUUGGGAAAUAUUUCUCCCAUUUUCAGAACCAUAGCAGAAUGGAUUGAGGUUCAACGAACCAUAACCUAAUUAGGAGCCAAGGGAGGAGCUAAUUCCCAAGGAUUGGACAUGCCUGGUGGGCUUGAUAGGGAGGACCAUAGGCUUGGUUUGCUUUCUGAAGCAUGCUGAAUCCUGGGCUUAAUCUCUUCUACUCUUAGUUUUCUCAUCUGUGAAAUGACAGUAAUCAAUAAUUAUAGUCACCUCAUGGGGUUGUUUAUGACCAUUAAAAGAGAAAAUCCAUAAAUAACAUGUAAAAUACUGCCUAGACAUAAUGAGUGUUCAGUAGAUAUGUUGGCAAUUACAGAUACUACCUACUACAAAGGAAUGGGUUUUUACCUUAGGCCCCACAGUUGUUUAGAGAUCACCUUGAGGAUUUGUUAAAACACUGAUUGCUGGAAAUGACCUUCAGAGUUUUCUUGAUUCAGUAGCCCUGGGGUAGAGUUACCAGGUAAAGUAUAAGAGGCCCAAUUAAAUUUGAAAUUUCAGAUAUACAGUAACCAGUCUUUUAAGUAUGUCCCAUGCAAUAUUUGGAACAUAGUUAUAUUUAAAAAAUUAAGUAUCUAAAUUUUUUAUCUGAAAUUGUUUAUCUAAAAUUUUAAUUUAACUGGGUUAAAUUCAUUGUUUAUCUGAAAUUUGAAUCUUCUGGGUUUUUGUUUUGACUACAUCUGGAAAGCUGAGUCUAGGGUGGGGCAGUUUGAAUUGGCAUGUCAGUGUGUUCCUUCCCAUGUGAUGCUACUGGUGGUUCUGGACAACACUUUGAGAACCUCUGGAUAUGUGCAGCUGGAUCUAACUGAGGAAUAUGUUGACAGUCAUUUACAACUAACUAUAGCAGAAGGCGUCACAUUCCCUGGGAGUUCGAAAUAAGCCCAAGAUACAGGGCAAUAAUGUUAGUGUCUAAGUAGUGACACUUUAGUGAGGGUUAUGUAUUUGUGGUUAAGUCUUUAAAAUAAGGAACAGGAGUUUAAGAUCAUUUAUAAAGGUAUGCAACUAGGUGCAUUGGCCUAAAUAAAAAUAUAGAUUCCAUCUUUUUAGCAUGAUUUUCAUUGAGCUACAUCUUCAUGAAUUUCAAAUUUGUAGCUUUUUAAUGCCAGGAAUUAUUUUUGGGGUUUGGAGUGAGAGAGCCCAGGGUGAAACUUUAAACUUAUCUGUAAUCUCUUUAAGUCAGAAGCCAGUAAUUAGAGUCAUACAGGAGGCAGUGUAGAGAGUGAUUAUUUCAUGGGCUUUAGAGUUAUUUCUCAUUUGGAUAGUGGAACUAAUAAUAGUACCCAUCUCAUAGGACUGUUGUGAGCAUGAUAUAAAAGAGUACAUUUAAAGCAUGGUUUAGCAGACAGUGAGCACUUAAAUGUAGACUACAGUAGGAUUAGGAUUAAUAAAACUCAAAUCCUCAAUUUAGUGGGUAAGUUUUUAAGCCAUUGCUAACAAAUCCUCUGAGUCAAGUUUUUUUUUUUUUUUGGUUCUUGUUUUUGACUAGGAACAUCACUGAUUCAUGGUAGACAGAAAGUUACAUAUUAGAACUUGGUUACUGGGUCUACUAUCCACUAUAAUAUUAGCUCCACAGUAGCAGAGACUAUUCUUGCUUUGUUGCUUGUUGUAUCCUUAAUGUCUAAAACAUGACCUUCCAUAUAAUAGAUACUCAAUAAAUAUUUGUGGAAAAACAAAAAAUGACUACCGUUGGUAAAUGCUUUCAAUAAACUGUGUUUAACGGAUUUUAUGAUUAUGUGUAUGUGAAAUUUUUGUAUCAGGUUAUGUUUCCAUGGAUAUAACAUUAAACUAAAGGUUUAGAAUAUCUCAAAUGACAAACCUGGGUACAUAUACAGAUUCAUGUAGAGUGUCAAGAAAAAUCAAAAUGUUUUAAAUGUCUGAUGUAAGAACAGUCACUUGAUUUUUAUUCUCCUUUUUUAACCUUUUGAUCUACUAUGCUGGCUUAGGAAACCAGCUUAAUAUAAGUAAAUUUAAAUAGGCAAUACAUUCUCAUGCUUUAAAAUGUAAAAGUAUGUAUGUUAAACAUCUUAAAACUCCUGUCUAAUAGAUACCCUGUUAUCUUUCCCACAGGCAAGUUAUAUCAU